AACGGAACGCCCAGAUCCGCCGCAACUAGAGAAGGAGGCAAACGCACCAAAUUUCGAUUCCCCGCUGAAGUUCAAGAUGGCCAUGGCGGCGGUUCGAUUCGCCGCGAGGAGGCUCACUGACCAGCAAUCGCAGGCGAUUCUUAGGUCGGCUGUCGCGAAUGAACAAGGGGUGCUCAACCGCAGCAGCUCACCCGGCUAUGCUCUACGCCGGUUCACCUCAUCCGAGGCUCCUGCUGCCAACGGAUCAAAAAUCAACACCGAGCAUCCUUCUGUUUCAGGGGAUAGCCGUCUAAUGGCAGCUCACCAGAAGAAAGAGGAACUCUUCGAUAUGCUAGCUGCGUCACAAAUGAAUAAGGAUAUUUCUUUCACAAGAAGAAUGAAAGACAGGCUGGUGCUCAUGCGUCUUACCGCCCAUAUCGAAAGAAAUAGCCCUGAAUGGCGCUGGUAUCAUGGAGAAUAUGCAGUUUUUAAUUUCUUGCGUGGUACAACAGCUUUCUUCUGUUUGAUUUAUCAAAUGGAAAAAUGGGAUGAUUCUUCUCAAUGGAAUAAGCAAGUUCAGGGAGCAGACAGUAACAGCAAAGCCAGUGUCGCCUGUGCAGAACCAAACAUUGAAGAAUAGUUUGUCAGUUGGUGCAGCUUUUGUGAUCUUGGCUAGGGCUAGCUCUUUGUUUUAAAAAAUUCGAAAACAGCAUUUCAAAGUUUCAGAAAAUUUUGAAUGUAGUGAAGAUGCAAUAAUACUACAAGUGUGCGAAAUCUCAAUACAAAAUACUACGGUACACAAAAAUGACGAAAAGUAUGGAGCUCAGUACACAUUUUCAAAUCCACAUUGUUCGGAUUUGCCAUUUUUCUGUAGCCCAUAGUAUAAAAGUAUUUUGCAUUGAAAUUUUGCACGCUUAUGGUAUUACAUCCUUAUGUACAUAUUGAUAUUUUUCAGAACUUUUUGGAACUUUCAGAUGUUGUUUUACAUUAUUUUAAAGAAAACACCGACUUACCUGCUGUGUAUCAAGCUCUGAUAUGAUUUUCUGUUAGUUCGUUUGUCUUUACUAAGAACAGUAUGAACUAUAGCAGACGGACCAAGUUAGUGUUCUCUUUUAUGAUCACGGAUGAAUGGCAAGAUAUCUGAAUGUUACUUUGGUGCAUC